AUGGAGACAUCUACAGAGCUUGGCGAAAAGUACGACAAACUCCUUCGGGAAAAUCUGAUUGCAUCGGAGCAAAUGACGGUGAGGCCUGCUACGGACAAGUUAUAUACUGUGUUUGAAGGGGUAAGGCGAAACAUAGUGUGCCUUGAAGAGGGAACAUGCAGUUGUGGAAAAUUUCAAAUGGAUGAACUUCCAUGUCCGCAUGCUUGGGCGGUUUUGAAGAACCAGCAGCUGAAACCUGGCCAGUAUUGCUCUUUUUACUACAAGAAGGAUAAACUCCUUAGAACUUAUGAAUUUCCAGUGAAUCCGAUGCCAGAUGAGAGUCUAUGGGUAAUCCCAACAGAGGUGAUGGAAGAUGUGGUCCUACCACCUAAAGGGAGAAGGAAUGCAGGAAGGCCAAGAAAGGAAAGACCUCAAACCUGCUUCAGAAAAAGAGUCUAA